AUGUCUCUGCUUCUCGGUCGACGGUCACUUGUCUCUCGGCGUCUUAAUAUUCCCUUCUUCUUGCGGACCUUUUCCUCUUCGCGACCUACUUUUAGCAAACUUGAAGGCAUUUCUGAAACACCACAAGAGCGCCAGCUACCAGAGCAUGCAGUGAUCUCGACUUUUGACUUGUUCAGUAUUGGUGUUGGACCUUCGAGCUCUCAUACAGUUGGUCCAAUGCGGGCAGGGAAGAUAUUCAUUACAGAUUUGAAGGAGCUGCAGCUGUUGAAAAAGGUUGCCACUGUUAAGAUAAAUUUAUACGGCUCUCUAGCUGCUACAGGCAAAGGACAUCAUACUCCCCAAGCUAUCUUACUGGGUCUCGAAGGUUCAGACCCCGAAACUAUUAUACCAACGACUAUAGAAUCUCGCUAUAAUAAUAUUCUCGCUAACAAGGUAUUGCUAUUAGGUGGAGAUCACCUUAUUCACUAUGAUAUGGACCGAGAUAUGCUCUGGAGAUGGGAUCAAGUUCUCCCAACUCAUCCUAACGGUAUGAGGUUUAGUGCGUUUGACGAAGAUGGUGAUCUUCUCGCAACAAAUGAAUACUACAGUGUAGGAGGAGGCUUCGUCGUCAAUGAUAAAACACAAGUGGAUGAAAACCUAUUUUACAAAGGCGUGGACAAGAGUGUUGUUCCCCCUGCACGUCUUCACCAAACGCAUUCCCUAACUGAACCAACCUUGAACUCUCCUUCACCCGAACCAUCCCCUUCCAGCCGUUCGUCGCAACAUAAUGACGACACCAUACCCAACGCCGAAGCCGGGCCACCCCACCCCUUUGAAUCUGGCAACAGUCUGUUGGCCUUGACCCAAAAACAUAACAUGACCAUUGCUCAAAUUGUGUACGACAACGAAAAAAGUUUCGGGUACUCAGACGAAGAUAUACAUAAGAAGAUCUUUCGCAUCUGGUCCGUAAUGGACGAGUGCAUCCAAACAGGUGUUACCACAAAUGCCACGACUCUUCCCGGUCGCCUAGGUCUUCGUCGGCGAGCACCUAUUCUUUAUCGACGCCUGAUGCGUGGAUUUUACCCUGGCAUCAUGUCUCCCCCCUCAAACAAUGCGAGAAUCGAGGCUGGCUCUAACCCUAGUGAGACUUUUGGUGGUUCAAUAGACGCGCCCAAAUCAAGUAGCGAAAAAUUCAACCAAAGUAAACAGGGUUCUAGCUUUGAGACAAUAGGAGCAAGAAUCGUGGAUCCUGCUAUUCCGAGCGCGAAACGUGCUCCCCGCGUGAUAGGCGCUUUCGAUCACCCACUCUUGCCUGAACCUCCGAGAAAAACUAUGAUUCCUGCAGUGGAUUUCCUCUCAUGCUAUGCGAUCGCAGUGAACGAGGUAAAUGCUAGCGGCGGCAGAAUCGUCACAUCUCCAACCAAUGGUGCCGCUGGUGUUAUUCCUGCUGUGUUGAAAUACAUAAUUGAGUUCGUCAGCGAUGAUCCGGACAAGAGUAUAAUGACCUUCUUGCUCACAGCUUCGGCUAUCGGCAUGCUGUUCAAACGUGGAAGUACGAUCUCUGCCGCUGAAGGAGGAUGCCAAGCUGAAGUUGGUGUAGCAUGUUCUAUGGCUGCCGGAGGUUUUGCCGCAUGCAUGGUGUCCUCUCCGGAGACUGUACUUCAGGCUGCAGAAAUCGGGAUUGAGCAUAACCUUGGCUUAACAUGUGAUCCCAUCGAUGGCCUUGUUCAAGUUCCUUGCAUCGAAAGGAACAGUCUAGGAGCGGUCAAGGCAGUCACUGCCGCUCAACUUUCUCUCGCAAGUCAUGGUGUUUAUAGCGUCACAUUAGACGAGGCAAUUGAAGCGAUGCGUUUGACUGCUUCUGAUAUGAGCGUCAAAUACAAGGAGACGAGUCUUUCUGGGCUUGCGACCACUGUUAAAAUACCACUGACUGUGCCCGCUUGGUAA